CUCUCCCGGCAAUCUUCGCAUAAAUUACAAGAAGUUUACGGCGUAUCAACAGUGCCGUGACGAUAUAUGUGCCGUUAGCGGCAGGUUGCCGUCAGUAUACGCCGAGGUUCUUGAACUUUUCCGGGGAUCCGUCUCUAGAACCGAGCCGAAGGAAGGCUCACAGGUUCGGAUCGGCCCAGGUGGGGAUCGGGAUCGUCCUCUGUUAUACGAGACAUCGCCCGGUCAUCACACCUCGAGCAUCCUCCGUGUUGUCCAGACACGUUGUCCCACGUUCUCCAACGUCGUUUCGUCCGCUUUCGUCGCAUCCUCGCGGCACCGGUUACCGCGGUCCUUGGCCCAAUCGCGUUUCCGCGUCUCGUUUAAGAGUCGCAAAAAGUGGUCCGUCGAGCAAGAAACAACUUGGCAAAUUCACGGAUCGGAGCCGAACAGGAAGAAGCAUCCCGCAGUUCCCGAGGUCACCGGUGCUUUGAGUCGAAAUCGAGUAGAAAAGCCAUAAUUAGGAAUCUCGGACUCGAGUCGAGGACAGACUUUGCGAAUAGAAGACAGACCUGGACAGACCGAAGUGUGUCGAGUGGACAAGGCAACUCGACGAGUAGCCGCUCAUCAAUGUUAUCAAUCAACAUGCGCGUGUUCAAGACCGUGCUAAUCGUCGCGUUCUUCGGCGCGAGCGUUCGGGGUUUACCCGUCGCCGACAAGCCGACCGGGUCCAAGAUCGAGUCCGAGAUCAAGACCGAGAUCGUGGCCACCUCGGUGGUACCGCAGGAGAUAGAUGUGACCACGGCCGCGCCGACGUCCAGGUAUCCCGAUACCACCGAUUUCUACGACCAGCGGCAGAACGGUUCGGAGAAUUAUCGCAUCCACGUGGACGGCUUUGUCGUCGUAUUGGCACCGGUCGAGGCCCUGCUCCUGGCCGGUGCCGCUGGUGCCGCUGCUGGUUCCGCUGGCACUACGGAAGUUAAUUUCUCCAUUUCCAAUGAGGGUGCAUCCCCGAUUCAGCCCAUCGGCGAACCGGACAAACCCGCCGUUGACGGUAUCCAUAACAAAACCGAUCUGGCGAUCUCGAAGACAAUACACAGACAACCAGCUGUACGGUUGGCGAACUUCUUGGCGCCCUUGAUACGUGGCAUACGUCAUGUGCGAGGCACGAGCGUGCAUUAAAAUGACUCCUCGACGCUUGCAAUUCCAAUACAUAUAGUGUUCCGCCUACAGCAUAUAUUAAGAAAACGGGAUAGGAUAUCUGCAUCUACAGGGAUGAUGGACGAGUACUCGUAGAAUAUAAACGAUGUAUGAUCGACGAUCGAAGUCGAUGUCGUACCA